GCGGCAAAAGGUGGUUUGAAACGCAUGCGCUGUCUCAGUUUUGCAGCGCGGGUAAUAAGGAAUAGCUAGGUCGUGUAGGUGUUGUAUCAAAACUUAGCGCGAUACAGCGAAUUUAUUUACAAGUGCAAACUCAUUUUAUUGCCUUAAAUAUUCAUAUCAAGUUUAAAGUAUCAUGUGGAACCAAGGUGGAUACAGCGAGCCGAGCCUGGGCGGGUACACCCAGUCGCCGGGUGGGUUCGCCUCUCCCUCCGCUUCGCAGGGGGGAGAGAAAAAAGGAAGGAUGCGCGCGCAGCAGAUCAUCCCCUGCUCAGUCUCACAGCUGCUGUCCUCCAGGCAGGCCGAGGACGUCUUCAGAGUCGGGGACGUGGAGAUCGCACAGAUCACCCUGCUGGGGAUAGUCAGGGCCACAGAGAAGUCCGUCACCAACGUCCAGUACAAAGUGGACGACAUGACUGGCCCUCCUGUGUCGGUUAAGCAGUGGGUGGACGGGGAGGACACCAGUGUGGAGAGCACGGUCUUCCCCCCCGGGACCUACGUCAAGGUCUUCGGCAACCUGCGGUCUUUCCAGAACCAUAGGACUGUGGUGGCGUUCAACAUCAGGCCAGUUGAGGACAUGAAUGAGAUCACCUCGCACAUGCUGGAGGUAGUGCGUGCUCACAUGCUGCUCAGCAAGCCCACGAGCGCGGUGAGUGGAGGGGGCAUGAACGCCAGCAUGAUGCCCAUGUCGCGCCCAGGCGUGGGUGGGAUGGGCGGCGGGUAUUCCGGUGCCAACGACAUGUCGUCCAACGGGCUGAGCGCCACGCAGAACCAGGUGCUGAGCCUGAUCCGGAGCUGUCCGGAUGCUCAGGGCAUCCACAUACACGACCUGAAGCAGAAGCUGAGCGGCAUGAGCAUCGCCGUCAUCAAGCAAGCUGUGGAGUUCCUCUGCAACGAAGGACACGUCUUCUCCACCAUCGACGAGGAACACUUCAGAUCCACGGACAACAACGAGUAGAGACGGGACUACGUUUCCCACGAUGCACCACCUCUGCUCAGCACUGCAGGUGUCUAAUGCAGUGAAACGAACUCGGGGGGAUUCUUGGCUGCGAUGCUGAAUUUGAGUGCACAGUCCCGUGUCACUUCUGUAUCCUGUUAGAUCUGCUGUGUCACUCGUAGAGGGGGAAGAGUGCUUCUGUCAUUUCAGUUUUUCAUAUUUUCUCUUCCUCAUUUCCAGUCUGAAUCUAAUAAUUUAUGUCAUUUUAUAAAGAUGUGAGAGUGUCUUUGGCCUAUGCCUGCUUCACAGUGUUUUGAAAAGGAAAUGCUGUAUAGUACGUGUGCAUUUGUGAGGCUUUAUUUGUUUGUUUUUUCCUGUGUACAUUGCCUUUUUUUCGUUUUGACUGAGUACAUGUAGUUCUUUUCUGAAAUACAAUACAACUGGUGACAAACUA